GUGAGAGCAGUCUCCUGGGUCCCCGGAGCAGCUCAAGCUCCUUCACCGGCCCCCCAUCCUGCACCCUGCCUGCGUUAAGAAGUUUCCUGUUGCAAGGUCGCCAAGGUUCAUACCCUUGUCUCUCUGCCGGCAGUCAACAUGCAGGACACCUCGACAGUACCGUCCGAACAUUCGUCUCACAGCCAGUCUGUUUUCAACAUCCAGCGCCAGGUCUCCGCUUUGGGUGGUAGCAUUCCAGGACCCACGUCCUUGAAAACUAGCACCACCCCCGCCCCAGGCCAGCUGAAGACCAAGGUCACCAACGUCCGACGCAUGCGCAGAAUCAUCUCUGAGGACGCAGAGUGGUCGUUGGCUAUCGUGCCUCUGCUUACAGAGCUCUGCAUCCAACAUAUCGUCAAGAACUUCCAGAACAACCCUAUCCUGAAGCAGCUGCCCCUAGAGCACCAAAAGAAGGUCUUGAGCAACCUGCCCCCUGAGCUGCCUUUGACGGUGACCGCUAACUUGAUUGACGAUGAGAAUUAUUGGCACCGCUGCUGCAUCAAGCGCUGGUCCGUGUGUCACGUGUCCAUGCACGGCGGCAGCUGGAAGCGGAUGUUCUUCGAGAGACACCUGGAGAGCCUGCUGAAGCUAUUCAUCCCGGGGACCACGGACCCCAACGUGAUUCUGGACCUGCUGCCCCUCUGCAGGAACUACGUGCGCCGCAUCCACGUGGACCAGUUCCUCCCACCUGUGCGGAUGCCGACCCCACCUCAAGGAGAGGAACAGUCAGACUCCGGCAGUGAGGGCGAGGGGAACGAGCCUGAGAAGGACCACUUCCAGCUGCAGGCUCUAGUGGCUGGCCUCAAGCACCUGGAGGAGCUGGACCUGGUGUACGGCGUCAAAGACUGCGGCAUGAAUUUUGAGUGGAACCUCUUUCUCUUCACCUACCGAGACUGCCACUCUCUGGCAGCCACCAUCAAAGCUUGCCACACCCUCAAGAUCUUCAGGCUGACCCGAAGUAAGGUGGACGACGAUAAGGCGCGCAUCCUAAUCCGUAGCCUGCUGGACCACCCAGCCCUCGAGGAGCUGGACUUAUCCCACAACCUCAUUGGAGACCGCGGUGCACGAGCGGCGGCCAAGCUGCUGAGCCACAGUCGCCUGAGAGUGCUCAACCUGGCCAACAACCAACUGCGAGCGUCCGGUGCACAGUCGCUGGCGCAUGCGCUGGCACACAACACCAACCUCGUCUCCCUCAACCUUCGCCUCAACUGUAUCGAGGACGAGGGUGGCCAAGCAAUCGCCCACGCCCUGGAGACCAACAAGUGCCUCACUAUGCUGCACCUCGGUGGCAAUGAACUGUCUGAGCCCACAGCCACGCUCCUCUCCCAGGUGCUCCCCGUCAACACGACGCUCAUUAGCCUCAACCUCUCCUGCAACCACAUUGGAACCGAUGGUGGGAAGCAGCUCCUGGAAGGCAUGUCAGACAACAAGACCAUUCUGGAGUUCGACCUGCGACUGUCAGAUGUAUCCCAGGAGAGUGAGUACCUCAUUGGCCAGAUUCUGCAUACCAACAGAGAGGCUGCCCGCCUGCGGUCCCUGAAUCCUGGCCACUUCUCCUCGCCCACUAACAACUGUACUGAGAAUUCUGUAGGCUAAGAUGUGGAACCAGGAUAGAGCGGUGAUCGGCUGGGCCACCCCGGCAGCCACACCUUCAUUUCAUACCCUUGAUAUGCCUGCCCCUGGUUCUGUGGAAUCCGAGAAGAGGGGAUCACGAAUCCCCUUGGAAUGAGUGGCCAGAUUUGUAUAUGUGAAGAUGCUGAGACGCAGAAGGGGCGCCUAAGGAUGAAAUGAUGGUAGUAACUCCCACCUAGAAAAUGGCCAUUGCUAGACUUCCUUGUUCCUUCCCAUAAAGGGAACAGGGAAGGCAAAGGACUCUGAAAUGACAAUCCCUGCUCAAACUCUUCAUGAGAACCAUCUACCUCUUGACUCGCCCCACCCCUUCCCCUUUCUACUAAGCAGAUAGUUGAGCCCUGAUCUCAGUCUUUACACACACACCAUGCGUGAGCACACACACACACACACACACAUGCACACACACACACACACACAUAUACACACAGAGACACACACACAGAGCAAAGCUAUGCCUGUCUUCCUCUACCCUUUCACCCUCCCUGGAGAUGCUACCUGCCUGUCAGGCCUCAGGCAUAGUCCGCUUGUGCAGAUCGCGCCCUCACUAACCCUCGAGCUGGGAAUGGAUAGCAUGUGACAGAAGGGCGGGGAACAAGCGUCACUCGGAGGGAGCGGACCAGUGAGUCAUCCACACUUUUAUUAUCCAUCAGUGUGAUUUGUACAAUCUUUGCGCUUGGAAUUCCAUGACAAAAAGGCCACAGUGUGAUGCACCCAAUGUGACAGAGACCUGUCUUCUCCCGAGCCAGGCCUAGCCCACCCCACAAGCCCUUACCCUCAGGACAUACAGUCUUCCAGGUACCCUCUCCUUGAGUCCCUUCCAUGUUGUGACUGCCCACCCUGGGGCUACACCCAUAGGAAUCGAAAACUAUGGAUUCACGAGAGGAUCUGACUGACUAAUUCAUCUCCCAACUCUCCUUGAGCUGAGUGGCCCAGAGCCCAUCUAUCUCAAAGAUGGGUGACUGCAGCUGCAAGGG